AUGGGGAGUGAAAGCGGCAGCAGAAGCAACAAUGGCGGCGGCGGCGGCGCGUCGGUGCAGCAAGUACCGGCGGAACACAAGAAGAUUUUUCAGAGCUUGAAGGAGGUUGUAAACAACGGCAACUAUACCGACGCCGAGAUCUAUGCCGCUCUUCGGGACUGUGACAUGGACCCAAACGACGCCGUCCAGAAGUUGCUGUCCCAAGAUAUUUUUCAUGAAGUGAAAAGCAAACGUGAAAGAAGAAAAGAGAUGAAGGACACACAGAACUUGAAGAGCCGGGGCGAUAGUAGUCACCUUGCAGCUAAAGUUAAUGCUGAGCGUACUGUUGGAGAGGUUCAAUCUCAAUCCGGCUAUAAUGAGCUUAGUAAAGCUGCAUACAGGAGAGAUAAUGGGUCUGCUGGUCCUGUCUUACCUUCAUCUUCUUUGACAUAUGAAGUGAAAACUCCUAGUGACCGGCCUUCAUCUCAUAGUGAUUCAUUUGAAGGUAAGAAUACUAGAAAGAACGUAAGACCUGGUGAUUCAUCUGCGCAAGGCUCUCUAGUUUCCCAAUCCGCUGGGUUAGGAGGUUCAUCUGGACAUGUUUCCAUGGCUGACAUUGUUAGGAUGCGAGGGCCUCAAUCAAAGGGUAUACAAACAUCUGUUGGAACAUCAUCCCACUCACUGUCAGAUGCUAAUUAUGAUGGUUUUUUUAGUAGCUCUCUUAAAACUUCACCCUCUCCGCCAGAAAUGGACCAAAAUGUGGAAUAUGCACUUCUGCCAAAUGGUUCAGAUGUUACUCGUGAAUCUGUUACACUUCCAAGUCAGAAUGGGUAUGAUAAUGAGCGACUUUUGAUGGAACGGAGAACGGGCCAUCCAUCUACAUUUAAUUGCUCCAGUUCUCCGGUUUUGGAUAGAUUUUCUACUCAGUGUUACACACAUAGCCGUGGAUCUGAAUUAUCGGCAGAUAGCUCCUCCAAUACAUGCAAAGUAUUGGAGGAGGAUGCUCCCAAACAUCUCGGCAUGGAGUUUGUCAAAUCAGUUCCCGUUUCUGUUACCAGUGGAAGUAAAACUCAUUUAGCAUCUAUAAGCAGUACUUCUGGAAUAUUGGGUGCUGAGGGCUUGCAGCAACUGAGUUUGGAGGAGAAGCCUGCAGAGGUUAAAUCAGAGGACAAGCAUGGUGUGGUGUUCCCAAACUAUAUGCAAGCUUUUGCUACCGACUGCUCACAUUUGAGCUUCGGAACAUAUAAAUCUGGGCUGCAUCCUCGAAUUUUGGGGCCUGUGAUGUCUGAUUCAGUGAGGAGCAACUCAUUUGCAGCUACGGAUACUUCACCAUCUUUGAAUUUCGGGUCCCCUGGUGAUUCGCUGAAGCCUGAUCAUCUUGGGUCCACGAGGAAUACUUCCCAGUUGACUGAUGGUGCUACGAACCUUGGCUUUCCAUUACGGGUACAGCAAGAGUUGAUAGAUGGGAGUCUUCAUGGAGCUGCUCAGCAGCAUGAAUAUUUCUCCCAGUUAUCUGUGGCUGAUUCGAGUUCUGGGAAAUUCCACGACAACAGUACUUCAUCAUCUAUUAUGAUGCAUCCAAAUGCUUUGAAUACUCCUCCCCUCCACCAAGAACUGCACAUGAAUUCGAAGACCUUGCCCAUUGAGUUAUUGGUCUCUAAUGCGGAAUCUGUGAGAAACCAUAAUGACCUACUUUCAGCAUUUGGCUCAACCCAGCAAAUCCCCCCUUCAUGCUAUGGAAGUAUUCCACCAUCAACUGGUAGUUCAUCCAUUUUGAAUCCAGAGAUUCUGAACUUUUCUGCCCAUGCAUUACCAACAUCUUAUUCGCAAGGCUUUCCUGGCAGUAGUCUUCCCAGGGAGCCUGCACUGUCGCAGCAUGUAACAUCACAACCUUUCUCCCAACCUGCUCUGAGCUUGGAAGAAUUGGCAAAGUUGACUGGAUAUGCAGCUCUCUCUCCGAAUUAUGCUCACAGUUCGUCAUCCUCUUUGCAGCAUGCAUAUGACGAGAUCUCUUCAUUCAAUGAUUUUGUGAGGAUAAAGAACCUCAAACUGUUCGAGGGGGAUUCUUCUCGGAGUAACUUCCCUCAGCCAGAUGCUGCUGAUGUUUCUGGAUAUGGAGGGUUUGGAAGGCAGCCCAACUAUAGAGGGAACUUUCCUCAUGAUUUAUCCUCCAAUCUUUCUGCUCCUGCUGUUGGAUAUGGUGAUACUUUGCGUUCUUCGUUUAAUGGUGGAAUUAAUUUACCCUCACUCCAACUGAAUGACAAUUCUUCUCCAUGGGACUGUGGGCCAGAUGCAACAACUUUAUCAGCCAUUCCAGACAGCCAGUAUUACGGUUUACACGGAUAUAGUCAACUGCUUCCUAGAUCUAAUAAGCAAGACCAGCAGCAGUUUCCCCAGGACUAUGGUGCUCUUGGAUAUGGCAGCUCGUAUCCUUCUCAAGCAAGGACCGCCCAAGAACAAUGGAUUGACGCUGUUAGUUUUAAUCGUUUACAAGAUCCUUCAUCCAAGCAGCAGCAAAUUUGGGGGCAAAACUACUCAUAG